GUUGAUUCUAUGUUUGCAGCAAAUAUGUUGACGGUCAUUUGCGUAUGGAACCUGUAUAAAUACCAUGUCCUGUGAUUGAGAAACCAUCAGUUGUUCAGAAUCGUUUCCACUUACAAAUCUUAAACCCAAAAUACAUCUAGCUAUAAUGGCUUCCAAAUUCAUCGCCCUUUUCGCUCUGGUCGCUGCUGCCAGCGCUGCUGUUCUACCAGUUGCCGUGAAGCACAUCGAAUACCACGAUGCCCCAGCCGAGUACCAGUUCUCCUACUCUGUCCACGAUGAGCACACCGGUGACAUCAAGAGCCAACAGGAAGAACGUCACGGAGACAAUGUUAAGGGACAGUACACCUUGAUUGAUGCCGAUGGAUACCGUCGAGUUGUUGACUACACCGCUGAUGAACACAAUGGAUUCAAUGCCGUGGUGCAGCGUGAACCUCUAGGUCACAAGGUCGUCAAGACCGUUGUCCCAGUCGCCAAGGUUGUCGCUCCAGUUGCCCACCACUACGUUGCCCCAGUUGCCAAGAUUGGCUAUCCAGUGCACAAGGUCGCCGUCCCAGUCGCCAAGGUGGCUGUCCCGGUGCACAAGGUCGCAUAUACCAACAACCUGGCCACCGUCAGCUUCUCUGCCCCAAGCCUGAGCUAUCACUAUUAAGAAGUUGGUCAGUUCAUAUAGUUUAAGAUGUUGAAUAUUAGCGCAAUUGAAAUGAAAA